AACUUGCGAGAUACAGUACUAUGAGUACUAGUGUGAUAUCUAUGGAGGAGAAGGGAGAAAAACUUGCAGCACAAGAAAGAUGCCUCACGGGGUUGUAUCUAACCCCCUAUUGCAAGUGUGAUGAUGCGUGGCGCUCGCAAUGCAGUGGAUUCCAAACCGCUUUGCAGGAGGAGCAUCCCCCGGAAUUUGCCCCAAUUUGGCUCGCGUACAAUCGUCAGACUCGUCAAUCCCAUUAUUUUGACAUUGAUGACCAUCCCGGUUCGAGUUUUGGUGCUUCAGUAGGACCAUUAGCACCAAAUCAGGAUUUCAAUGGCAAUGCUGAGUUACUGAUGGAACUGGCUAACCGUGCUAUCCAGGAAUAUAAUGAGAAAGAGUGCAAUGUUUUCAAGUACAAGGUUUUGAAGAUUGAGAAAGUGACUUUUUCUGUGACGGCAUACUAUUUAUAUUGGAUGACUGUGAAAGUCUUAAAUCUCACUCUUGGUACUCCUGUCGAAACUUUUCAAAUCCAUGCUGGUAAAAGCACCCUCAAUGAUUUCGAUAAAGUUAUCUAUUGUUGCCGGCCUAAAGAAGAGGCCAUUGUUGGUUUGCCGAGCUGUGAGUUUUGUUUUGGCAAGUUGCCGGAGAGGUAGUUAUCUAAAGUUAUCGUGCUGAAAAAUGUAAAGCUUCUUUUACACUGUCAUUUUACAUAAAUUAAACUUACUAGACAAAUGUUAACACAUUGAUAUG